CUCUCUGGGCCCCGCCCAGCGGCGCGGGGAGCUUGGCUCCGAAGAGGGGGGCGGCCGUGGCGGUGACAGCCGCUCCCCGCCCCCGAAGCCGCCACGUCCCUCACGUACCACCCGACCGAGUGCCCGAGCGGCGAUCUGGCGCCCGGGGCUUCGGCUCCUCCGGCAGGGCUCGGCAUGAGGCUGGCGCGGCUGCUGCGCGGAGCCGCCUCGGCCGGCCCGGGCCCCGUGCUGCGCGCCGCCUGCCCCAGCGCCAGCCGCAGCCUCACCUCGGACUCGGGCUCCGGCCCGGCGCCUGAACUCGGCGUUCCGGGCCAAGUGGACUUCUACGCGCGCUUCUCGCCGUCCCCGCUCUCCAUGAAGCAGUUCCUAGACUUCGGAUCUGUGAAUGCUUGUGAAAAGACCUCAUUUAUGUUUCUGCGGCAAGAGUUGCCCGUUAGGUUGGCAAAUAUAAUGAAAGAAAUAAGUCUUCUUCCAGAUAAUCUUCUCAGGACACCAUCAGUUCAGUUGGUACAAAGCUGGUAUAUCCAGAGUCUUCAGGAGCUUCUUGAUUUUAAGGACAAAAGUGCUGAAGAUGCUAAAACUAUCUAUGACUUUACAGAUACUGUGAUACGGAUCAGGAACCGACACAACGAUGUGAUUCCCACAAUGGCUCAAGGUGUGGUUGAAUACAAGGAGAGCUUCGGGGUGGAUCCUGUCACCAGCCAAAAUGUUCAGUACUUUUUGGAUCGUUUCUACAUGAGUCGCAUUUCAAUUAGAAUGUUACUGAAUCAGCACUCUUUAUUAUUUGGUGGAAAAGGCAAAGGAAGCCUAUCUCAUCGAAAACACAUCGGAAGCAUAAAUCCAAACUGCAAUGUAGUUGAAGUUAUCAAAGAUGGCUAUGAAAAUGCUAGGCGUCUAUGUGACUUGUAUUAUAUUAACUCUCCUGAACUAGAACUUGAAGAACUAAAUGCAAAAUCACCAGGACAGCCAAUACAAGUGGUUUAUGUACCAUCCCAUCUCUAUCACAUGGUGUUUGAACUUUUCAAGAAUGCAAUGAGAGCAACGAUGGAGCACCACGCUGACAAAGGGGUUUACCCGCCUAUUCAAGUCCACGUCACACUGGGUAAUGAGGAUUUGACUGUGAAGAUGAGUGACCGAGGAGGGGGUGUUCCUCUGAGGAAGAUUGACAGACUCUUCAACUACAUGUACUCCACUGCACCCCGGCCUCGUGUCGAGACGUCGCGAGCAGUGCCUCUGGCUGGUUUUGGUUAUGGAUUGCCCAUAUCACGCCUUUAUGCACAGUACUUCCAAGGAGAUCUAAAGUUAUACUCCCUAGAAGGUUAUGGGACAGAUGCAGUUAUCUACAUUAAGGCUCUGUCCACGGACUCAAUAGAAAGACUCCCAGUGUAUAACAAAGCUGCCUGGAAGCAUUACAACACCAACCAUGAGGCUGAUGACUGGUGUGUCCCCAGCAGAGAACCAAAAGACAUGACAACAUUCCGCAGUGCCUAGACACACUUGAUACCCUUGGAAAAUCCAGAUGUGGCUUUUGCAUUAAAUUUGGAAGGGAUGGUGUUCAGAACUACAUUAUACCAAAUACUUCAUGUGUCGUUUUCACAGUUCACUAUCUGGGUAGAAUAAGUGGCAAGUCAGUUCCAUUUAUGCCUGUUCAAUCUCCUCAAGGUCAACAUCGUAUCUACAUUACACUUAUAUUUUCACAGUUAAUUGAACCUAUUUUUAAACAACUAGUUUUGGUCACCUUUCUCUUUAGAGUGGAUUUCAGAAGCGUAGAAAUCUUUGGGUUUCUACAGGAAGCUAUGUGGUUUUUUAAAAAAUUCUUUUAUGUCUGCUGGAAACAUCUUCAUACUGAUUAGCUGGGUUAGCCAUCUUUCUGUUUUAGAGGAGUUCUGCCGUCCUUUAUUUAGUAAUGAUAGAUGUAAUAAGAUGACCAGAUUUAUACAACUAUCUACAAUUAGAGCCGUAAACAGUUGCUCUGUUACUGUAGAACCAGCGAUCUUUCAGCAUCUAUGUGCAUUGUCUUCACUCUGAAGUUAAUUUAUCAUUUUUUAAUUUUAUUGCAAAAGAUUAUGAUUGGUUUCCUGUGGAGUUAAGCCAAGAUCAUGGUCUCUUGUGAUUAAUGGCAAGGGGAAAUUCUGAUACUAAAAACAGCUGCUAAAAUUCUAAAUUAAGAGAUUUAGGGCAAAGCAGCAAGUCCCCCAAACCGUACUGAUUGUUGAGAUUACCUGGGGAACUUUUGAGAAACAGUUUUCUGGGCCUUCCUCCAGACAAAGGAUCAGACUCUGUGGCAGGAGCCCAGGAAUCUCAAGUUUUAAAACUCUUAGAUGAGACCGAUGCCUCACCUAGUUAGAAAACCGUUCUUUUAAAGUGAGUAAUAAUGAUACCACAUUUGCUAAAGUAUCAGAUCUUUAGGCUUUGGUUUUCAGCUAUCGAAAGGUCAGACUUUAAGUCUGGGAGAGACAGAUUGGUGCAAUUAAAAGCGUAAUUAGGAGACACGUUGACUGUAGGAGACUAGUCAGGUAGCUGAAGGAUUAGAACCAUAAGUGCUCAAGUACUGACAAAGAAUAUGUAUGUUAAAAAGUCUGUAUUUUAUCAGGAAAGAGUCACCUUGGGCUUAUCACAAAAACCCCUCACAUGGUAACGUAGCGUGCAAAUACUUUGUUAUAUCAUGAUAACUCCAUUGGGCUUUAAAACAAAGAGAUACAGAGCAAGCAGUUUCAUCUUCAUUUUGAGACUCAGAGUCUGGCCCCAAGCUGCAUGGAAUUAGAGUCAGGGCUCAAGCUGUAUUUGCUGGUCACUGUUAGCUGCCUGGUCCAGGAGACCAGGAAGUCAGGAGACGAAGUUGUUUAGUCAUACCUCAUCUUUUAAGGUGACAGGGAAGUACAUUGAAAAUAAAUUUUAAACUAAGAUUUUAAAAGUUUAAAGAACAGCUUUAUUAAAUGGGGAAUUUAAUCUGGAAAAUACAUUGAAUUGAAACACCUCUUUCUCAAGAGGAUUGUGUAAGCUUAAUAAUUCUAUAUAAAUUUUUAAAAUGGAAGAGAUGUUAGCGGGCCAUCAAUCCAGGACCCUCACUUAAAGAGAUAAGGAUCCUGAGACUCGGGGUGUAGGAUUUGCCCAGGGCUAACUAGCUCAUGUGACCAAAUGCUGGAAAAAAUCUUUUACCUUCUAUUCCUUAAUUAUGGAUUUUAUGAAAUAUAGGACACACUAGUAGGUGAUUUAUAUUAGUUCCAUGUGUUACCCUUUUUUAGCUUAAAAUUAGACUUUUUGUAAUGAUGGAAUAUCUUAGAAUCCUUUUCAGAGUAUUCACUUUCUUUCCUAAUAGAGACAUUUGUACAACUGACGCAUUUUGUUUUUACUUAGAAACAACCCCCACAAGAUUAAAGUUUCUCUCUUGAAGAGCUAAGCUGGUGUUUUCGAAGGAAAAGUGAAAUCUUUUCCUGUAGCUUCUUUUUUAGGUAUAAUGGCUUUUUUACUUUGUUAUUGUGGUAAGGGACAGAAAAUUAAAAUAUUUGGGGGAUGCUUUCUCCUAGUUGGUUUUAAAUUAUUGUGCUACCUGAAAUAUUUUUAGAUUAUUACACUGUUUUUCCCACCAGCAUUUAAUAUGAUGCCAUGUAAAUUACUGAAGGAUAAGAAGUGGGUACCAAGUGAUUUCAUAACUUGGACAUUUAAUGAAUGUGCCAACAUUUUUUAAGGAAGAAUCGCAAAAAAUAUUCUGCCCUAUACUUAAAAUACUGGCUGGCUUAAGAGUCUUCAUACUUAAUAGUGAUCACUUGCUUGCACUGUGGCACUGUGAAGUUUUUACAUGGAGCUGUUGACGUGGCAGUCUACCCUAUUUUAUAAAAUGUUUUGUGUAUGGCAACAAAGUGGAAACAUGGAUCAACUCUUAUUCUGAAAAUAAAUUGGGUCAAUUGAGGUUUUUAAAAAUA